GUGAGCAAGUCCAAAACACUGACGACAGGUCGAAUGUCAUUGGACAGAGUAGCAGGUAAUGGGCGCGGCUAUAGUAGUAAACAUAAACUUAAAACAUCAACAAAGGCUGAGUGAGCAGAGCAGAGCGGAGCGGAGCACUGAGGCAGGUGUAGUGUUCAGUAUUUCACGAAAAAGUUCAUUUAAAACAUGGAUAUUCAGUGCUGAGUGUUACAUAGAGGAUUAUUCUGCUUUCCUGGCUGACUCGCAGCACAUUUUGGGUGGAUAUUUUACAUUUUUUUUUUUAACUUUACGUCGUGAAAUGAUGUUGGAUAAACGUGCAGUCGUCGCUGAUAAAACGCGCCGAGAGCAAACAGACGACGUGAGAGGAAAAUCCGCUCAAGCUAAGGAGUGUUUUGAGAAGCAGUAUAAGUUAGGAGCUCUGCUGGGAAGCGGUGGAUUCGGCUCUGUGUUCUCAGGACAGAGAAUCUCUGAUGGUUUACAGGUCGCUAUCAAACAAGUGUGCCAUGACAGAGUGCAGCAGUGGGCAGAACUGGCUGGUCAACCCGACCCUGUCCCCAUGGAGGUGGCGCUCCUGCUGAAGCUCGGAGUUUCAGGCAACCCUAGCAUCAUCCGUAUGCUGGACUGGUUCGAAGUGUCUGGUCAGGGCUUCUUUCUCGUGUUCGAGAGACCACAGCCAUGCCAGGACCUGUUUGACUUCAUCACCGAGCGUGGUGCCAUAGAUGAACCGCUGGCACGAAGGUUUUUGAAGCAGGUGGUCGACGCAGUUCAGUUUUGCCACUCGAGGGGAAUCGUCCAUCGAGACAUCAAAGAUGAGAACAUUCUCGUCGACACACGUACCGGAGAUGUCAAGAUCAUCGACUUUGGAUCUGGCGCUCUGCUAAAGGACACAGCCUACACGGAAUUUGAAGGAACCAGAGUUUACAGCCCACCUGAGUGGAUCCUUCAUCAGCGUUACGAAGCACUUCCGCUCACCGUCUGGUCUCUGGGCGUCCUGCUGUUUGACAUGGUGUGUGGAGAUAUUCCAUUUGAAAGAGACCGAGACAUCGUCCAGGCUACACCCAGUUUCACUAAGCGUGUUUCUAAAGAAUGCCGGUCUUUAAUUCUCUGGUGCCUUGCAUACCGCCCUGAAGAUCGUCCAAGCUUGGAGCAGAUUUUACGCCAUCCGUGGAUGACCGAAAGCUCGGAAGACAUCGGAGACCUGCAGGAUGACAGGAACAUCGCGCCGAGCCUUUAAUUUUAAACCCAAACCGAUAGAAGAUGGCUGUUGAAACUUCACACCUACUGAUUGAUUAUACACUGGAUUACAUCACACUCUUACACUGGCACCUCAACACAUCAUCUUUUAUUUAUCACAUCAUUUUCUUGUAUGGAAAAGUUCUCCAGCAUUGUGUCAUCCCGUGGAUGCUGUCCCGUCUCCUGCGCCCGUGUGUGCAUGUGUCUUGAAUCUACACUGCUACAUGCAACCGGGGCUCUGCGUGGUUUAUUUAUUUCUCUAUUUAUUAACUCGGACAUGUUUGAGGUAUUUAUAUUCUGGAUUCGAAGGGUGAAGUUUCAGAAGCGGCUCCAUUUCCCGUUCACGCUAAAGGACUUCCAGCCAUCACUGACUGACGAGUAAAAUGUUCCCGCUUGGUUCUACAGGCUCUGUGUGUGUAUAUAAUAUUAUUGUUGCCUCGUUUUAAGAGGAGGCUUUUGUGUCGCGUCCUGAUGGGAGCGCGGCUACAACAGCAACCGUUGUUGACAUGAAUGUGUUUUGAACCAGGAAAGUUUCCCAUGAACAACAAAAACAACACUGUUCAAGAAAUGUCCUUCUGGGACUUUUUUAAACCAAUGUGCCUUUUACUUUCGGUAUCUGUGCUUUUGUGACGUGCUCUAAAGUCAAAACAGCAUUCAAGAAUGUAAGCAGCUAAACUCGAGGUGCUGAUCUGGUCAUGUGAUUAACACUUGGUCAGAAAACGGAGCAUGAAUGUUGUCUGUUUACCUCGAAAGAAAAGAGAGGUCAUGUCUGUUCAAGCCAAAGAGAUCUAAAACAGCACUAGGUUUUUGUUUGUUGUUUUUGUUUUGUUUUUUCUUUAAUGACAUGUUGUAUUCUUGUUUAACCUACAGGACCAAAUGUCAGUUUUUGAAUUUUUGUUUUAAAAUGGGACCUUUUUCUAGUGUGGAAAAUGAAUGUUCUUGUACUAUGUCAUUUGAUUUUGGUUCUAUGACCCUGGGUUCAUCAUUCAUGAUGUGUCCAAGUUGCACUAUCGUGAGUUUCAAGAAACUAACUGAAAUCCUUGCUGUUUUGCUCGGGUUUGCACAAGAAAUUUUUUUGUAGAUACUUGUGUAUUGAUUUUUUUUUUUUGUAAUUUUUGUGGCACCUGUUACAUGAAAAAUAUUUAAAUUAAAAAACACACUCUCUAAUAA